AUGCUUUUUGACAGCAAUACAGCUAAAGAAGUGGUGAAGGGACUGCUGCAGAGCGCAACCCAGUUUAUUCGAGAAAACCCAGCUCUAACAGCAUGGGCUGUAGCUGCUACCAGUGGAGCUGCGUUACUCGCUGCUCCAGGGGCUGCUGCUGCUCUUCUUUUGAACUUUGCAGGAUUCACAGGGACAGGGGUUCAGAGCGGCUCUCUUGCCGCCGCCGCCCACUCCAUUAUCGGGAACGUCGCUGCUGGUAGCAUGUUUUCGUUCCUUCAAAGCGCCGGCGCUGGAGGCGCUGCAGCACUAGGAACCAUAAACGGAGUCAUCCAGGCCGCCGGUGCAGCUAUGUUUGGCUCAGGUGCAGGCAUGACAUAUCUAAAGUCGAACGUUUCUAAUUCUACCACGAAUGGUCCAUGA